AUGGGCCCGGGCCGGCGCGGGCCCGCCGACCCAGUGGACGCGAGGCUUGAAGCGCCCCGGCCCUCCUUCGGUCACCCCUUCCCUGGCCUGGCCGGGAACGCAGCCUGGGCUGCUGUCGCCUCCGCCUCCGCCUCCGCCACCGCCCCUCUCCAGCAGCCUAUGGGGAGCUCCGCCCACGGAGGACUCCGCCCCUCGCCGGCUGCCAGGGCAGCCUCCGCCAGCGAUGAGUGCAGGGCGGGCUCUGGGCCCGAUUCUGGAAAGGGUCACCUCUGGUGGAUGCAGUCCUCCCAGCAGGGCCCCAGCCUUCCUGGUGCCCGACUGGGCCUGCAGCUCCUCUGCCGGAGGAGUGUGAGCCCUGCAGAGUUGGCGGAUUCUCGGCCCAGUGGGCCAAGGAGGGCCGAGCUUGAGCGGGAAGUGAUGCCGACGCAUCCCUUACCCGGUGACACCAGGUUAAAAACUGUGCAAGGAGUAGUGACACAGUUUUGUAGUGAUUAUGGCCUGAUUGAUGAGUUGAUCUACUUCACCAGUGAUGUUAUAACUGGCAACGUGUUACUGAAAGUUGGACAAGAAGUCACCGCCAUUGUGGAAGAAGAUAAAACAUAUGGAUUGAAAGCAAUCAAAGUGGAUGCUCUCUGUGAUAGUUGCCAUGGCAAUGGACCUGCAGAAUCCUAUGCUAGAAUCUCAUUUGGCUCUAUUACCUCUCUAAUGGAAGGUGCUAACUACAUUGAUCACACAACUUACUUCUCUCUAGAUGUCAUUUGUAAAGGUUUCGAGCCUUACCAGGGGGACCGAGUAGAAGUUGAGUUUUGUACCCCAUUGGAUGCGCUGAGCCGAAAGGCCCUCUCGGUGAAGCCUCUGAGACAUAAGCAUGUGCAUGAGGUCUGCAUUACCAGCCUUCAUGGAAGAAAUGGGGUGAUAGAUGAUAGCAUCUUUUUCACCUUGGAAUCCCUGAAGCUACCUGAUGGAUACACACCUCAAAUAUCUGACAUUGUUAAUGCUGUUGUGGUGGAGAGCAUUCAGUCCUGCUACAUUUGGAGAGCCAUUUCUAUGACUCUAGUGAAAAGGCAGUAAUAAGAAAGCAGCAGUUUUAUUCCUUGUGCAGCUUCUCUUCUCUCAUCAGUAAAGAGCCUGCUUUAAAAUGUGUUCUGUGAAAAAUAGCUUGUAAACCUCAACAAUUAAUUCAAGCACAAUGUUUUGAGUUUCAUGUGG